CGAUUCUCACAGACUCACACCGCCUAUAUAUAUAAAACAACUCCUUCACGCAACCUCUCUAUACAUAAAAAAAUCCAAUCUACAUCCAUUGGAAUUUCAAUCUCCUGUAAUUUCUCCUCCCAUCGCGUUAAUUUUAACGCCUUCCAUUUUUUCGAAUUGAUCUUCUUACUUCUGAUUUCUUAUCCAAUUGUUAGGUUUUUGGACUCAUUCACGAUCUUGUGGCUGAGGACGUAGUUAUAACUUGUUUAUUCAAGUCUUUAAUCCUUCAGCUUUGUAGAACUAGUUAUUUCUGAACUGUUUGUCACAUACUUUGGAGCACUGCAUGAGUGUUUGCCUUGUGAUCACAAAGUAUAAAGAUUUCAUAGUUUCAAUUGUAGCGCAUAGAGAUUCAGAAGGUUGCGGUAGGAAAUCUGUAUAGAGUGCUUGUGGUAAGUGUACAUGCAAUUAUUGAAAACACAUUAUUAGCUUCAUUUCAAAUCACAUUAUUGUACAAUGGAUUCCCUUGCUGACUUCAUUUUGUUUAAUUCAUGUUUAACAAUGUUUCAUAUCUCACAUUAGUGUUGUUUAUUAGUUAGAUUGUUAAUGGUUGCAAUACAUAUAUGUAUAGUUGUCCUAUUCAAUGGAAUCAUUUCACUUUGACCUUGUAUACUGAAGUUUCAUUGGAAGGUUAUGCCUGAAAGUUAAGAAAGCUAUUAUUUGAAUUGAUGGAUUUAUUGCGAUUGCUUGAUGGACUAUGAGUCUGUUAGGGAUUGGCUUGAGCAAGAAGGAAGGACUGGGCAGCAUUAAAAUUCAAUGUGGGUUAUGGGGUUUCUUUCUCAUUCCACUGAUUGCUUACAUACGCAAUUCUAGAAUGAUCCAAUCAUGGUAAAAUAUUUCUUAUGCAUCUCAAACGUACAGAUGCGUUUAGAUGAGGUUUUUUAGUUUUGCUUAGUCGUACUUAUGGUAGCAGUUGUAGGCCUUUCUCCUUGAUAAGGCUAGUUCAUGUUUGGAAUGCUGAUUCUUCUUAUUUUUGUUCUAGAUAGAAGAUGUUGGUCUUAGUAAGAUGGUAUUGAGACAAUCAUAGAAAUAAUUCAAGAAAUAGAACUGCUGACACUUUGAAAUUGAUAGAAUAAUACUCUUUGAUUGACACUAGUUGGAUUUCAAUUUCCAGGGUUUUCAUGUGAAGAAUUUGUGGGGUACUGUGUCUAAACUGAAUUAUUUUAUGGCAAAUUUGAUGAUGUACUGUGGGCCUUAUUGCUUUUAUGAUUGAAGUAGUGCUGAUGCUUAAAUGAUGAUUCUGAAGUGGCUAUCCAGCUACUCCUUGCUUAGUUAAUUGUAGAUAACUUAUGUCAGAGAAGUCGUAUUACAACUGGUUGGAUCAAUUUCCUAACUCAAUAUAGUUUAAUAAAAAUCAUUAUGUUGCAGCUUUCUUUUCUGGUUUUGGGCUUGGAUUAGGCUUUAGAAAAGGCUAAUCAUGACAAAUUCAAAGCAAAUAGGUUUAUUCUUUACAUGGACUGCUUGCUGAACCAAAUUAUCUGAUUUGAAUUUAUUAUUUUAAAAUAGGAAGCAUGAAGAAUUAUGUUGAGAGUAAAGAGAAGAAUAAUGUCCACUAUAAAGACAGAAUCCUUGCUGAAAUGGGGACAAUUACCUAAACAGAAGUUUUUAGUAUAAUCUAUGCACAAAUAACAAAAACAGUGAGACAUAAUCUGAUUCAAUAUUGAUUGGGGCUAGUGAAUUAUGGUGUUAUAGAUUGCAUACCUUUUAUGUUGUUUUAAGAUCAAGAAGAGGGAAGUAAUAAGUUGAUGUUGAAUAGAAGUUGGUCAAAGAAAAAGUCUCUCUCUCUGCUCCACAUCUCCUGUGAUUAUCUUUGUUAUUUGGUUCUCUUUUACCCGUCAAUAUAUUUGUUUUCAAUUAGAGUGACAUUUGUUUUACCAUUUUGAACCCAACAUCUCAUGAGUAAGUAAUGAUUUUGUGCAUUCCAUUUCAUUUAGACUUGUGAGAUUGGUACUGUUAAAUAUGUGGUUCAAUUGCAAGUUUUGAUGUCCAGCAUUUGGUUGAUAUUUUUGAUGAAUGAACUAUGUUUAGUGGUACUGGUGUUCUGAUAAAUUCAAUAUGUUUAGUAACUUAAAACAGUGCAUGCAAGAUGGCUGGUGUGAAACGAAGAAUGUAUACUGAUUCAGAUAUUCAUGCUCUUCACAAAGAAUUGGAUGAGGUCUCAUGUCCUAUCUGCAUGGACCAUCCACAUAAUGCUGUUCUCCUCCUCUGCAGCUCACAUGAGAAGGGUUGCAGAUCUUUCGUUUGUGAUACAAGUUACCGGCAUUCAAAUUGUUUGGACCGGUUUAAAAAAUUAAGGGAGAGUUCUAGCAGUGUGACUUUACCUCAUUCUUCACCUAUAAACUCUUAUAAUGCUAGUAAUACUUAUGAUGUGAACUUGGCUUUGAGAACUCAUUUCAUUGAAAGUAAUGGAAAUCACAAUCCUAAUGGAAGCAAUGGUUCACCUGUUGGAUUUUCUGAACAACCAGGCGAAAAUAAUAUUGAAAAUGUAGGUAGGCAUUUAGAAAUUCAAGGAGAAGGUAAUCUGAAUUUGGAAAUGGGGGACUCUGUGUCCUUGCGUGAGAGGAUUGAACUUGAAGAGGUAGAUGUGGAUAGUUCAUUAGAAUCAAGCUUGAAUUUGACAUGCCCCAUGUGCCGAGGAGCCAUUCAAGGCUGGGAGGUUGUAGAAGAGGCCCGAAAAUAUCUUAACUUGAAGAAGCGAUCUUGUUCCAGGGAAUCAUGCUCCUUUGUUGGUAAUUACCAGGAAUUACGUCGACAUGCUAGGAGGGUUCACCCAACAACCCGACCCUCAGACACUGACCCGUCUAGAGAACGAGCCUGGCAACGCCUUGAGCACCAACGAGAAUAUGGUGAUAUUGUCAGUGCCAUUCGCUCAUCCAUGCCAGGUGCUGUUGUAGUUGGGGACUAUGUAAUUGAGAAUGGAGAAAGAUUAUCGGCUGGAAGAGAAAGUGACACCGGUGAAGUUAAUGGACCAUGGUGGACUACUUUCUUUUUGUUUCACAUGAUUGGUUCAAUUGACAGUGCUGGCGAAUCAAGGGCUAGGUCAAGGGCUUGGACAAGGCACCGGCGUUCUGCGGGAGCUUUAUCCGAGCGUCGUCGGUUCCUGUGGGGUGAGAAUCUUUUGGGUCUACAAGAUGAUAAUGAUGAUGACGACCUGCAUAUAUUGAGUGAUGCAGGUGAAGAUGCAUCUCCAGUCCCAAGAAGACGGCGGCGUUUGACACAGUCAAGGUCUGAUGAGGACCAGCCAUGAGUGAUGUCUAUUUCUGUAUUAUGCAGAAACUGCCUCUCUUAAGGGGAGAAGAUUUAUGGUGAUUAACAUGUUUUUCAGAAACCAUCUACUUUGAGAGAAGGGUAAGCAGGGUCUUUCAUUUGGAGAUAUAUUGACUGGGAUUGUUUUUAACCUUGAUGGGUUUCUACACACAUGGGAAAGGGAGAGAAUACCAGAUUAAAAUGGUUUACUGAAAUUUAUGUCCUUUGUAUCUAGUGUCUUACGAUUUCAACUUUGGAAGUUGUGUUGUAUUCCGAAUUGGGUUAAUUUAUAUUCCUGUCUGUCAUCUCUUUUCGUCUCCAUUUGAGCUAUUCUACACCUUUUUUACUUGA